AUGGGUAAAGAAUGCCUUCACGUCUUCAGAAAUUUCCCUAUGACCGAAGAUGAAAGACAAGAUGCUGAUGUUAUCCUCAGAAAGCUUGACGAAUAUCUUGUGCCCAAACGAAAUACGAUUUAUGAACUGUAUGUAUUUAACGGUCGUUCUCAUAAACCCCGUGAAAGCUUUGAUCAGUUCUUAACUGAACUUCGCAGACUUGCCGCUACGUGCCAGUUCGGUGCAUUUGAAGAUGAAAUGCUUCGUGAUAUCGUCACUGGUCUACGAGAUCACGGACACCGCGAACGUCUCUUAUGGGAAACUACGCUCACUCUUCAAAAAGCCAUCGAUAUUUGUCGCACAAAUGAAAUGGCAGCAAGCCAACGACACAAAAUGGAACGAACCGACAAUGUUCAUCUCGUCCACGGGAACAGGAAUCCUCGCAGGAAUCCCCGCAAGGUCAAAAAUUGCAAAUACUGCGGAGACUCCCACGAAGCUGGAAACUGCCCAGCCUUUGGCAAAACGUGCUCUAAAUGUAACAAAAAAAUCACCUUGCAAAAGUCUGUCGCUCCACCCCCAAGCAGAGCAAUCAGAAACCAAAGAAGAAAUCCAAAGCAAGAUUGA